CUCUAUUCUAGCUCACCACUGUGGAAACAGCACACGUCCGCAAUGUCCCACCAAAUCAAGGAAUCUAUUUUUGUUGGAAAACUUCUCCUCAACUUCACUUCAAUUUUUGUUUCUCUUGGAGUUUUUUUAUUUGGAUUUGAACAGGGCUUGAUGUCUUCUUUAUUGACAAAUGAUUACUUUAAAGCUUAUUACAACAACCCUAGUCCAGCGGCAAUUGGUACAAUGAUUGCGAUUUUGGAAAUUGGCGCUUUAUUCUCCUCAUUUGAAGCGGGAAAGGUAGGUGAUAAAAUCGGUCGUCGGCGAACAAUUCGUAUGGGCUCGUUCAUCUUUGUCGUGGGAGGUCUCAUCCAGGCUACAUCUCCAAACAUAUUGAUUCUUAGUGCUGGUCGCUUAAUCGGUGGAAUCGCCAUCGGAUUUCUCACAACAAUCAUUCCUUGCUAUCAAUCCGAAAUUAGUCCUCCGUCAGAUAGGGGUUUCUACGCUUGUCUUGAAUUCACUGGUAACAUUAUAGGAUACUCCACCAGUAUCUGGGUUGAUUACGGAUUUUCAUUUUUGGAAAACGACUGGUCAUGGCGCUCACCUUUAUUCAUCCAAUGCUUAAUGGGCUUUCUUCUCUAUUUGGGAAGUUUCGUCAUCGUCGAAACACCUCGAUGGUUGCUAGACCAUGACCAUGAUAUUGAAGGUAUGAUUGUUAUUAGUGACUUAUAUGCCGACGGUAUCAUAGAGGACGAGGUUGCGAGGUUCGAAUACAGACAAAUCAAAGAAAAUGUUCUUAUUCAGCGUGUUGAAGGAGGCGAAAGAUCGUAUCUUUACAUGUUCUCUCGAUACAAGAAAAGGUUGUCUGUUGCUUGCUUCUCCCAAAUGUUUGCGCAAUUGAAUGGCAUCAACAUAGUCUCUUACUAUGCUCCAAUGAUUUUCGAAAGUGCUGGAUGGAUCGGAAGAUCGGCUAUCUUCAUGACCGGGAUCAACUCCUUGGUUUAUGUUGCAAGUACAGUUCCCCCCUGGUACCUUGUUGACGAAUGGGGCCGAAAGCCUUUGUUAUUGACAGGUGCAGCCGUCAUGUCGAUUUCAUUGUUCUCGAUAUCUUAUUCGCUCUUUCUCAAUGAUACAUAUACUCCGCAGGUUGUGGUUGGCUUUGUUAUUCUUUUCAAUGCUGCUUUUGGAGCCAGUUGGGGUCCUAUUCCAUGGAUGAUGAAUGAAGUAUUACCUAAUUCAGUUAGAUCAAAGGGCGCUGCGACAUCCACGGCCACUAAUUGGCUCUUCAAUUUCCUUGUUGGUGAGUUGACUCCUAUUUUACUAGACACAAUUCAAUGGAGAACAUAUUUGAUCCCUGGGGUUUCAUGCAUUUUUUCCAUCUUGUGCGUACACUUCCUUUUCCCCGAAACCAAAGGCUUGAGUUUAGAGGAUAUGGGGUCAAUUUUUGAUGACACUUCCUCUGUGUUUUCUUUUCAUUCAGGAUAUAACUCGGCAAACAGGGCGUAUGGCGCAACCGACUUUUCCCGGAGAAACAGUGUGCAAGAGAAUAUAUCAGAUCCGUCACAUGAUGCAAAUCAGACUGCUCAAUUUACCGCUGCACAAUUAGCGCGUAAUCCCUCGUCUAGAAGAACAGAAAUCGAUGGUCUCAUCACUGGUAGCCACGUGAUUCCUCAAAUUGCUCCUCCCAACGAAGUUUUGAAGCCUAUCGUCUCUGACGUUUCAUCGAUUCAUGAUGAUUCCGCUACAAGACCUCCAUCUUUGGAGGAAAUAAUUCUGUUUAAGCAAGCACAAGAAAGAAGCUCUUGGUGGUACAAAUUAAGAAAGUCAAGUUUUGGCUACGAACCGCUAGCAGGUUAGGCGAAAUAGUGAAAUAUCAGGACAUUCUUAUUUUGCACUCCUCAUGACCUUUAGUGCGUUUGGGUUCCAAAACAUUUUAAAACAAUCGAAGUAUGUACAGCCGAUAAUUUUUGAGAGUAUAAACGGCAUAGAAGGUUUAAUUUGUAAAGGCUUGUUUUCAAAAGACUUCAUGUACCGUUGAUGGUUGCGAACCACGCGAUUGUAAACACUCUGAGUUUUAUUGUGUCGUUCCAGAAGCGGCACGACAUGACUUUUAUUUAUUUCUAGGCUUUAAGAUUCUACAAAACACUAAAAAAAAACAUUUGUCGCUUACAGGCUGUUAACUUUUAAUAGAUUUCCC